CUGGAACAGCUAACGUCUUGUAAAUAAUUUACGCGGAUAAACUUUCAGACAAUUUGACCAAUGUUGUAUCUUGUUUAUCAAAAGUUAUUAAAUUGGUUUAAAGUAAAUGUUAAUAUCAAUUUGUAUUUUGACUGGAAAUACAGAAUUGUACAUUAAAGGCAAAUUCCUCAAACCAAAAAGAUAUUACAGAAACCCAGCGUGUCGUUAUUUUAUAUCAACGGUUUUCUAACAGUUUCCUUACUUAGCAAAAGCAUGAGACUUUGCUUUAUUUAGUUGUGUUAAGAUUUUUCCAAACCUUUGUGUAUCACUGAAAAUUAAUUUAAAAGAAGUUUUUGAAGGAGGGAAAAGGUUACUGUCAGAAGUGGGAUUCGAACCCACGCCUCCAGGGGAGACUGCGACCUGAACGCAGCGCCUUAGACCGCUCGGCCAUCCUGACAUGUGAGAAACUACAAAGGAUACUGUUUUUACAUGUGGUGCGCUCACUGUAUAUCUUGAUUUUCGGGUGUUGAUUUACGCUGACAGCUGAUUUACGCCCACACUGGCCCGCUGUUUAUCGGCUUUAUGAUGGCGCUGCCCCAUCAAUGACGUUGCGACAGAAUAUAUGAUCCGUUACAGGCUGACUUUGGCUCCACGGCGGACAUUUUACCUGGUUAGCCUGAUAAACCGCUAUAUCAGCCAGUGAAGUAUUUUUCAAAGCCACGCUCUUCACAAAGGAAACUUUGACCUUCCCCUGGCUGUACUUAACAGUUGAACUUGCAGCAAAGGUUGAGACCCAUGGCUUCCUUCGCUCCCCACAACUUCUCUUGGGUGGAACCAGGAAAACUGGCUGGUCUGGCUCUGCCCAGGAUGACUUCAGAGUACCAGUACCUGCUGGACAAUGGAAUCAAACACCUUGUUUGCCUGUGUGAAAGAAAACCGCCAUACUACGAUACAUGUCCAGAGCUGCAGCUGCAUCACAUCAAAAUAGUUGACUUUACCCCGCCUUCACCAAAUCAGAUUGACAGAUUUCUGUCCAUUGUGGAAGAAGCCAACUCCAAGGGGGAGGGUGUGGGUGUCCACUGCAUGCACGGACAUGGCAGGACAGGGACAAUGUUGGCCUGCUACCUGGUGAAGACCAGGAAGAUUACCGGCAUUGAUGCCAUCAACGAGAUCCGCAAGAUGCGAAAAGGCUCGAUCGAAACUCACGAACAGGAGAAAGCAGUGGUGCAGUACUAUCAGCGCACCAAGUAAAUAUUUUUAAAUUAAUAACUUACAGAUAGUAAGGGAGCUAAUGACUAAAAGAAUUAAUAAGCUCAAAAUAAGGGGAAAAAUCAGCUUCAAAAAUGUUUCCAAUAACAAUAAUAAAACUAACAGGAAAUGGGAAUUUUCAGUACUUGAAGAACCUAAGUUUGAUCGAAAUCUAACUAAAGGUUACACUUACAUGUAUUACAUAUUUGUAUUUCUUACAAAAACUUACUGAAUACUGCUAAUCUUUUUUCCUAGCACAUUUCCACCACUUCAUUCACAUUGUUCUUCAGGGUCUGUUGUUCAGCUCUAAGCCCUUUUUAUGCAGUGGGCGCCAGAGAAAAGAGACGCUGACGCUCUUUGAACGUGAGCAUCUCAGGAGCCAUCGCUCUGAUUUUCUCCUCUUGGUUCCUGCAAAUAAACGACAUUGUGAGGGGAUAUACUUGAAUUCUACAUAUACUUGAACCAAACAAUCACUGGAUACGCCAUUAGUCCUGUCUGCACGACUGGGAAAAACAAUGCAUUCAGACAGCUAGAUUGAAAUGAUAUUCUGAGAUUCAAACUGAGAAGGAGAAUGGGGCUAACGGGACAUGUGACCACACACGACCAUUGCAUGAGUUUAAGGGAACAGUGCAUAACACAGAACAGUAGUCUUUAGGAGUUGAGUUUUUUUUUUUUUUCAAGGGAAACUUUGAUCAAUACUAGGUACUAAAAUGUAGUACGUAGGGCAGUAAUUUAAAUACACAACAUGUUGCCUCAUAAAGCAAAAGAGUAUAAUUAAAAAUAUAAUUUUGACUGCAUGUCACAGUCUGUUUUUUAAAGUAAUCACUGUGUGCAGUAUGUCUUGAUGCACUUGGAUGUUUUUAUGCUGCUGAUAUGUGGAUGUGGAUAAAUCCUGUAAACACA